UAUCGUAAAAGACAACAAAUAUUUUCUGUUUCUUAACUCAAGAACCACAACGGCACGUUUUGAAAUACUUCUUCACGCCCACAUUCAUGUGGACUCAUGGUGUCUUUGAAGCCGACUUAAACCCGUAGAAAUACGUUGUGUGUGCAUAAAAACAGAGUAACAAAAAACAACAACUGGCAUUGACUGGUAAGUGAUUGUAGCUCUUGAGUAUUGGUGUGGAGGAUAGCCUGCUUGUACCCUUGAGUAGCCUUAUUGGUGUUGAGGAUAGCCUGACUAUACCCUUGAGUAAGCCUUAUUGGUGUGGAGGAAUAUAGCCUGAUUGAAACCUUGAGUAGCAGCCUUAUUGUUGUGGAGCCUGGUUGUGAUCCAGCAUGCUGCUGUGAUAACACACAUUAUGUUGAGGCACAGUGUCAAAAAGAGUACAAGAGAGAAGUUCAUAUUUGACCCUACACAGAGAUGGCUGUCCGACAUCCGCUGGUCCACAGAAACAGAAUGUAUGAGUGUCCUUCAGGGAAAGUCUCUCCUCACGGAAAUGGAUAAGUACAGCCUUCAUGCUGCUGUAGUUAAAAAUGGGAUCGAUACAAUACGGGAUGAUUCUCACCACAUCAGCAAUGAGUUCACGAAACUCUUCAAGUAUGUGGAGGCUGAGAAGUGGGCUGCUGUGCGGUCCUUGGUGAUGCAGUUGACAUGCCACAUCAGGUCCCUCAUCCAGGAAUGUAACCUCUGUUUACCGGAUCCUCCCUCCUACAUACUUGAGCAACAGGAAACAGUGAUGGGUGAAUGUGCCAAGCUAGCUCAGCAGGUGGACAGGAGAAGCAGUUCGUCAAAGGAUGAUCGCACACCGCCUAAAAUCCCCGUCACUAACCAACUGACUUUCUUGGGUCAAGCCUUUAGUCGCCUUGUAGACCUUGCUCUUGGACAUCUAUUACAGAAAGUUGUGGAGACUUUGGAUGAAGCCAACAACCCUGUGACCUUGUCCAGCGCUCUUGGGACAGUGGUCAGUCUAGGACUGGAGGGAGAACAUAUGUGCUAUAUCUUUGCUAGAGAGGGAGGUGUAAGGGCAUUACUGGACAUCUGCCGGACAGAAUCAUUGAGUUUCAUACACCCACAGACUUUGAGAGCUCUAGCCACAAUUUGCUGUGUUGCAGAAGGAAUAUUUGAAAUAGAAAAGGAGGGAGGUGUGGAGUGCCUGAUGGACAUAUUGUGUAACUACUCUAAUGGCGAGAAAGUACGAGGAGAGGUUGCUGGCGUAUUGGCACAAGUUACCUCCCCGUGUCUUGAAAACUUCCAGCAAUUAUCAGGCCUAGUGGAAAACUUGGAUGAAAUCCUACGGGCAUUGAUAGGUUUAUGUGCCAAUACUCUAUCCCACGAAGUCUUCCUGUUGUCGUCAGCAGCUAUCGCAAACAUCACUUUCAUGGACAGCAUGGCAUGUGAUAUUCUGCUGAAGUACGAUGCACCUCGUGUUCUCAUCCAGUCAUGCGGAACCAGUGUGGCUCAGUCUCUCUUUGCCAAGGACCAGGUAGCCACUGUUCUAGCAAAUAUGGUUGCCGUUGACAACUGCAGACAGUGUAUUAUAAAUAGUGGUGGCCUUGACCUAUGCCUACAGUUGCUACAGGAACGACCUUUGGCCUACAAGUCUCCAUCUGAGAUUGCAGCCUGUGAAAGGGUUCAGCAGAAGUCGGCGAUUGCCCUGGCAAGACUAUGUAGGGAGGAAGAGAUUGCGCAGAUCAUUGUUGAAAUGGAAGGUAUACCCCGCCUGGUGGAGCUCUGUAGAAACAAAGGGGAAAGAAAUAACAGUGAUGCAGUAUUAGUGGCCUGUCUGGCUGCUCUUAGAAAAGUAAGUGCUUUGUACAAAACGGAAAACAUCAUAGAUAUUGAUUUCAAGCAAUUGAUUCAGCCACGACUCAUGGAUUCCUUUCUCAUUUGUACAAACACGGAUGAGAACUUUGUAUGAGAACUGUAGGUCAGAGUUGGUGAGAAGAAAUUACAAUUACAACGAUAUUUCCUACAGUAUUCAAAAAGGCUGAAUAAUGUCUGACUUCUUGAUAGCAAAGCAAGUUGGAAAUGUUUCUAAAUGAACAUAUAGUUGAUAUAAGUACAUUCAAAUAAGUAUUGAAGGGAUCAUUUUUGUUUCAGCUAGAAGAGAGAUUAAGAUAAAAACUACAGCAAAUCAAAAUUGUCCGAUAUAUCAUGCCAUGUGAUCGUUGACAAACGAGACACUUAUGUGUGGUUUGGUGACACAGUGGUAACACACUUCCCAUUCAACUAAAUGUAUUGACAUGGGAUUCAAUGCCCUGAUCAGGCAUGAAAAGGCACAUGUAUGGGGUCUACCAGCACAACCACAUGGGAUUUCUCCUAGUACUGCGAUUUCCUCCCAUACAUUUCCAUCUGGGCCAGCGAGAGUGAUUAAUACAAGUCGGUGUAACUUGUUUCGCAAUUGUUAUCAAAUAAUAAAUUUUACAAUAGAGUUAACUUACACCAUUAAGUUUAAUUUGAUGGUGUACUGUAGAUUCUACAUCAGUUUUAUCAACUUGAUUGACCAGGUACAAAAACCAGAUUGCUAUAAACAUUUUGAAUUCGUAUGAAACCAGCAGUUGUAAAUAAUAGGCUGUUACUUUGACAGUACUGCCACUGUCAAACUUUGAUGUUAUAUUGACCUUUGUCUAUAUAGACUGUAUACACAGACACAUAUACAUUAAUCAUGAUAUAAUGAUUUUAUAUGUCAAUAUCUUCCAACACCCCUUUUCCCAUAUUCUUUACCUUCUUUAAUCCUCUGCCUCAAACCUCUGUCUAUGCCAAAAAUAUUGCUUGACAAUGGUGCCAUUCAUAAUAACUCAGAAACAAGUUCAUUUAGCUAUCAAAAGGUAUAAUUUUAUAAUACAACAAUUACACUGAUACAUUAAUUUAGGAUGUACCCACAUACAUACAUACCUUGGGGCUUGAAAUCCUUUGUGCAAAGUUUUUAAAUGCCUAGAAACGUACUUUGGUAGAGAAAGGAACAGAUGGACUGAAGAUCAAGGAUGUUUAUUUAUAAAUUAAUAUUAUAUAUUAUAGAUAGUACCAUAUGGUGUAGCUCAUCCAUUCAUGUUUUGUUAAUUGAUCAAUUUAUAUGUUUAUAUGUACAUGUAGGUCACUGGUCAGCCGGCUCAAAACCUUUGUUGUAGAAGAGGCUUGAAAUUUAUUUUAAAUUUUCCUAAUUGAUGUGUUAUCUUAUAAUUGCAACAAUUUGAAGUAUUAUGAAUGUAAAAUGGAAGUACAUGUAUCACAAAAAGAUAUUUAUAAUAGUUGACUGAUGAAAUAUAUGUAGGUUUGAAAUAUCAAUUUAUCACUUGUUUCUUUUAAUUUUCUUUUAAUUGUAUCUUUUGAAGAUCUGUUGUAUUCCGUUAAGAAUUUAUGAACAAAACUAGUAUACAUGCAUAGUAAUAUAGAUUGAAGGCCUGUUUAUUGGCUAGAUAUAUUCAAUCCCUGUCCAAGGAAUAUAGAUUUAUAAAAAGAUUGUUUUAAUUGUAACCGAUAGCUAUUUAUUGCUCACAUGCACUUUAAUACUGUAAUUGUAUCAUAUUUACCUGAAAUGUAGAUAUUCUUCAGUCAAACUUAUAGUCAAAGCCUAUCAGUAUUUGCCUGUGUUGAAUUUACAUGUAUAUGUUUUUAAACUUGACUUUGUCUUUACUUUCAUUAAUUGAGACAGAUUUCAAAAUAAUGAUCUUAUCUGAGAUGAAUUCUAUGUUUCAAUGAUAACCAUUUCAUACAGGGUUUGAUAAGUUGUAAUAUUAAUAUUUUUUAUUUAUGAAAUAUAUGGGAAAUAUUAACUUGUCAUAAUAACUGUGAUAGAUUGGCAAUUGCAGGUAAAGUUUUGUCUACAGUAAGUGUUAUUGAUAUUUCAUCAAGUUGUAUAAAAUCUGCAUUUUAAAUGCUUGAGAAGUGUUGUAAAAAAUAUUGGGAUGUGUUUUUGGUAAUACUUGAAGAAAUGAUGAGGCAUUUAUGGAAUCUCACUCUUGGAUGUCAUGCAUGAUAAGUCAGCUCAAAUCAUUGCAAAUAUACAUAGGAACUUGGGAUAGAUUCCCAACCUAAAAAUACAAUUAUGUAGGUAUAUAUGGCCGUGCGUUGUGAAUUUGUGCCAUGUCCCUGUGCCAAUAUACUGCAUAAUUUAUUCAAAAUGAGCUUUGAGCUGAUGACACUGCCUUUGAAUCAAGGUUUGAUUUGUAUGAAUAAUAUAAUUCAACUACAUUACAACGAUAUUUCCUACAGUAUUCAAAAAGGCUGAAUAAUGUCGGACUUCUUGAUAGCAAAGCAAGUUGGAAAUGUUUCUAAAUGGACAUAUAGUUGAUAUAAGUACAUUCAAAUUUCUGAAACCCUUUUCUUCAUAGUGAAUGAUUACAUGUAAUAUGUUUAUGUAAAUAGACUGAAGAUCUCAAUUCAGACAAAUUGGUUGAGUACUCUUUCAUAUGAGAAGCACUUAUACAUUGUACUUGGUAUGGUGUACAUGUAUAUUGGUAGUGGGUAAUGUAGUAAUUAAACACAUCCCAUAAAAACCUACAAUAGUUGUAGUAUUUGAAAUAUGUCAAUUAAGUUUACAAAGUAUACAAGUCGUCUUCUAAACCUGAUACUAAACUUAUUGAAAUAUCACAAACAUAAAGUAUAUCAUAUGUGGUCAAAGUCUUUGAAAUGUCAAGGUCGACACUGUGUUUUAAAGAGUCAUUAUUAACUGAAAAGUCCAUAUGAUCAAUUUCAUUGUAUAGUUAUCAAUAUAAGAUAUUCAAAUUUUGUAUACACUGGCAGUACAUCACAAAAUUGUCCUACAUGUAUGUAAAUUAUGAAUAUUCACACAUGGUGCUAACCAAUCAACUGCCAUUUAAUUUUUAGAGGAUAUCGUCAUAAAAUGACUGAUUUCAAAUUUAACUUUUCUUAAAGAAAAGUUUUAAUUGUUGUUUUGAAUCACUAAUGAAAGUUAUAAAAUUACUCGUAAUUUUUGAAAUUUGUACCGUUGAGAGCAGAUAAUCUGGUUUUGACCAUCAUACACAUUGUGUAAUUGAUUAUUGCUAAAAAUAUCUACCAAAGGUUUUUUUGAGAUGUCCUUUGAGUUCAAUGCGAGAUCGCUAUGAGUUUGUUUAUAGAGUUUAUUCAAAUAUCUAGAGCAAUUAGUGUCUUGCCCAAGAACACAACCACAACAGCACAGACUGGCCCAUUUCUCAGCUUCCCGAGAAACACAAACCUACAUGGGUAGGGAGUGUCAAACCAUACACUAUGGGCGGUGCUCUGACUGAGCUAUUGUGGACCCCUUGAUCAUUGAAGAGAGAAUAUUGCAUAGCUUGAGUUUUUGUUGAGCUGAUAUAUACACGAUUUAUGGCAAAUGUCAUGAUAACAAAAAUGCCAUGACAGCUCACAUAUUGGUUGUCCUAGAAUGUUUAAUGAAAACCUUCAGUGUGUUUUGAAUAUGAUGUAACAAUAUCAUACCAAUUGUCUUCAGUGUGACAUUGACAUAAUGUAUUUUUCAGCAUGAUUUCAAUUGUAGUGCGUUUUUCAUAAUUUGGCGUCAGAAUAAAUACUACAUUUGUACAAAAGUAAGAUAUUGAAAAAAUAUGAUACAAGUGCUUUGCCUUUUGAGGCAGUCAUAUGAUCAAGCUUAACUUUAUUUAAGAUGAUGUUAAAAUUCAAAGUUUCCUUAAGUUGAGAACUUGGAAUAGCAUUUUACAGAAUGCCAAUCUGGAAUUGGUUGCACUGUUCAAUAAAAUGAACAUUUUUUGUCAUUAGUGUGUUCAAUCCAAGAUUGAAAACAUCGCUGUUUUAUGUGUUUUCUGAUAUUUUAUCAUUAAGAAUGAAUGUAUUUCUUGUCGCCAAAAUAGUUUGCUAUGAUACAUUUUCGUAAUUGCACUUUUGCUAUGCUCUCUAUAAUAUUCAUAUACAUGUACUCAUGUGCUUACAAAUGUAUAAUUAAUCACUCAAUUGAUAUAUACAUGUAAAUAUAUAUAUAUAAAUAUAUAUUGUUUCAAAUAAAAAAUAAAGUGUACCUUGAUAUGUUUGCAAAAAAAAUCACUGUAUAGAACAAAUUUUAUUUAGAGUCAGUUACUUGGGAGAAUUUCUUUUUUUUUCAGCAUUUAAAUUGACACUGAAGGUCAAUAUCACUCGCUGCUUUCUCUCAACCCGGCAUACACCUUUACUUUGAAUCAAAAUACUACAUAUUAUCAGUCAUUAAAAAUAUGUGAUAUUGAAACUUGUUUACCCAAUAUGAUUUUGAUCAAUUCAUGUAUAUUAUAUUACUGUGAAAUCUAUAUUACUUUUAUUAUUAUUAUUUUAAUGAGAUAUUUGUUACGUAUUGCUAGUUCAAAGAAAUAGACAUCAACAGACAUGUUGUGUGUGUCUCUAGAUUUGGGUUUGAGGACAAAUCACAUUCCAAUGUAUGGUUUACAUGUUUUAUAUUUUAUAAGUAAUAAAUAAUCUUCUGAAUCUUUA